AUGGAGACUGUCAACACCGCAGCAACCGGGGAUCUUAUUCCGGCACUGGCCUCGUUUCUACCAUUUUUCAGUAAAAACCAGUAUCGACUACUCUUGACCGUCCGUAGCCGCCUGUCGCCCAACGAGGAGGACCUCAACGAAGUGGAGUCCGUAUCGAAGAAGGUUCAGUGCGAUGAACUCAACGUGCAGGAUAUCUGUGACCUGCUCGAUGGUCUACUUGAUAUCCAGCCGUCAUUUGCUAAUUACCUGGUCAAUACUAUCAAGCACCUGUCCCGUGGUGGGCGCUCGGCGUGCCAGCCUCUUAAGAUGGCACCCAAGUCUUCUGCCCCGGCACCGGAGCCGACCAAGAUGGACGGUAAAUCGCACGUAACCAAGGUCUGA